AAAUUAGAAAACCACUCAUUCUCGCCAUUGAAAUGAAGACAAGCUUGAGUUUUUUGGCCAAAUUCAAGUGUGAUUUGGAAAUAGUGCAUUGGGUCUUGAGUGGUGGAUUCAAUGGGGGUAGUUGGGAACUACUCCUCAAGAGCUAUAAGAAUUAAAUCCAGAGGAAGAAGAAGGGAAGGAGAACAGCAUCCUUCUUUGUGGGCAGCUGCCACGUGCUUCUCCAAAUCCAUUUAAGGCCUUCAUUGCAACCUCUUUCUGCCUCUCUUUAUCUAUCUCUCAAUCCUUCUCCUUCUUCGUUUCUCUCCCAUUUCGUGAUCCGGAUUCAACUUCUUCUCGGAGAUCUCGGCCUCGGUCUCCGCUGGGGUGAUAAUGUCUGAGGUUCAAACAGGAACAGUAAUGGCGGAAACUUGGAAUAUGAAUGGGAGCCUCAAUGGAAAGUUUCAAGUUAGACACAACUCAUCAACAUCGGAAGUCGAUGACUUUUGCAAAGCACUUGGUGGGAAGAGGCCUAUUCACAGCAUACUGGUUGCUAAUAAUGGGAUGGCUGCUGUGAAAUUCAUGCGUAGCAUCAGAACAUGGGCUUAUGAGACUUUUGGAACAGAGAAGGCGAUACUACUUGUAGCUAUGGCAACUCCAGAAGAUUUGAGGAUCAAUGCGGAGCACAUUAGAAUUGCUGACCAAUUUGUGGAAGUUCCUGGGGGAACCAACAAUAACAACUAUGCAAAUGUUCAGCUUAUUGUGGAGAUGGCAGAGAUUACUCAUGUUUCCGCUGUGUGGCCUGGUUGGGGGCAUGCUUCUGAAAAUCCAGAGCUCCCUGAUGCACUGAAUGCUAAAGGAAUUAUAUUUCUUGGGCCUCCAGCUACUUCAAUGGCAGCACUAGGUGAUAAAAUUGGUUCUUCUUUGAUUGCUCAAGCUGCCGGUGUGCCGACCCUUCCAUGGAGUGGUUCACAUGUCCAAAUCCCUCCAGAAAGUUGCUUGGAUUCAAUUCCUGAGGAAAUCUAUCAACAGGCUUGUGUCUAUACAACAGAGGAGGCAGUGGCUAGUUGUCAGGUGGUGGGAUUCCCUGCUAUGAUCAAGGCUUCUUGGGGUGGCGGUGGCAAGGGUAUUAGAAAGGUUCAUAAUGAUGAUGAAGUGAGAGCUUUGUUCAAGCAAGUGCAAGGGGAAGUUCCUGGUUCUCCCAUAUUUAUAAUGAAGGUUGCUUCACAGAGCCGACACUUGGAAGUUCAACUACUUUGUGAUGAGUAUGGUAAUGUUGCUGCUCUUCACAGUCGAGAUUGCAGUGUUCAAAGGCGACAUCAGAAGAUUAUUGAGGAGGGCCCAAUCACAAUUGCGCCACCUGAGACAGUGAAACAGCUUGAGCAAGCAGCAAGGAGACUAGCUAAGUGUGUGGGAUAUGUAGGCGCUGCCACUGUUGAGUAUCUUUUCAGUAUGGAGACUGGUGAAUACUAUUUCCUGGAGCUUAACCCACGACUACAGGUGGAGCAUCCUGUCACAGAAUGGAUAGCUGAAGUCAGUUUGCCUGCUGCUCAAGUUUCGGUGGGGAUGGGAAUACCUCUUUGGCAAAUUCCUGAAAUUAGGCGCUUCUAUGGUAUGGAAUAUGGUGGAGGAUAUGAUGCUUGGAAGAGAACAUCUCUGGGUGCCACUCCCUUUGAUUUUGAUAAAGCUGAAUCUGUGAGGCCAAAAGGUCAUUGUGUAGCUGUGAGGGUUACUAGUGAGGACCCUGAUGAUGGUUUCAAGCCCACUAGUGGUAAAGUGCAGGAACUAAUUUUCAAAAGCAAGCCAAACGUGUGGGCUUAUUUCUCUGUUAAGUCUGGAGGCGGCAUUCAUGAAUUCUCUGAUUCUCAAUUUGGACAUGUUUUUGCAUUUGGGGAAUCUAGAGCCUUGGCAAUAGCCAAUAUGGUUCUUGGAUUAAAGGAGAUACAAAUUAGAGGAGAAAUUCAUACAAAUGUUGAUUACACUAUAGAUCUGUUGCAUGCUGCGGAAUACAGGGACAAUAAGAUCCACACAGGUUGGCUGGAUAGCAGAAUUGCUAUGCGUGUGAGAGCUGAGAGGCCUCCUUGGUACCUUUCAGUUGUUGGAGGAGCUCUAUAUAAAGCAACCACGAGCAGUGCUGCGAUGGUCUCUGAUUAUGUUGGGUACCUUGAAAAGGGGCAAAUCCCACCAAAGCACAUAUCGCUCGUCAACUCUAUUGUUUCCUUGAAUAUUGAAGGGAGUAAAUAUACGAUUGAGAUGGUAAGAGGAGGACCUGGCAGUUACAAGUUAAGAAUGAAUGGAUCAGAAAUUGAAGCAGAAAUCCAUACUCUGCGGGAUGGAGGGCUUCUGAUGCAGUUGGACGGGAACAGCCAUGUUAUAUAUGCUGAAGAAGAGGCUGCAGGUACUCGGCUACUAAUUGAUGGCAGAACCUGCUUGUUACAAAAUGAUCAUGAUCCUUCUAAGUUAGUAGCGGAGACGCCAUGCAAACUUCUUCGAUACCUGGUGUCAGAUGGUACUCAUCUUGAGGCUGACACACCAUAUGCUGAGGUUGAAGUUAUGAAGAUGUGCAUGCCACUGUUGUUACCGGCAUCCGGGGUUAUUCAUUUUGUUUUGUCUGAAGGGCAACCGAUGCAGGCAGGUGACCUCAUUGCAAGGCUUGAUUUGGAUGAUAUAUCUGCUGUAAGGCGGGCUGAACCAUUCCAUGAGGGAUUUCCAAAACUGGGGCCUCCAACUGCAGUUUCAGGCAAAGUUCACCAAAGAUGUGCUGCAGCUUUGAAUGCUGCACGAAUGAUUAUUGCUGGCUACGAGCACAACAUUAAUGAAGUUGUACAAGAUCUGCUGAACUGUCUGGAUAGUCCUGAGCUUCCUUUCCUUCAGUGGCAAGAAAGUAUGGCUGUGCUGGCAAAUCGCCUUCCGAAAGAUCUCAGAUUUGAGCUGGAUGCUAAAUUCAAACAAUAUGAGACAAUCGCCAAUUCUAAUAAGAAUGUUGAGUUCCCUGCCAAGUUAUUGAGGGGGAUUAUUGAGGCACAUCUCUCAUCUUGUAGCGAGAAAGACAAGGCCACUCAUGAGAGGCUUGUGGAACCUCUAAUGAGCCUUGUAAAAUCGCAUGAGGGAGGAAGAGAGAGCCAUGCUCGUGUCAUUGUAAGGUCUCUCUUUGAAGAGUAUCUUUCAGUCGAAGAACUAUUCAGUGAUAAUAUCCAGGCUGAUGUUAUUGAACGGCUCCGGCUUCAAUACAAGAAGGACCUCCUAAAAGUUGUGGACAUAGUUUUGUCACAUCAGGGUGUAAGAAGUAAAAAUAAGCUCGUCCUACGGCUCAUGGAUGCGUUGGUUUAUCCUAAUCCUGCUCCCUACAGGGAUCAGUUGAUUCGGUUUGCCACUUUAAAUCACACAACAUACUCCGAGUUGGCACUCAAAGCAAGUCAAUUGCUUGAACAAACCAAACUGAGUGAACUCCGCGCUACUAUUGCUAGAAGUUUAUCAGAACUAGAGAUGUUUACAGAAGAAGGAGAACGUUUAAGCACCCCUAGAAGGAAAAUUGCUAUUAAUGAAAGGAUGGAGGAUCUUGUGACUGCCCCAUUGGCAGUUGAGGAUGCCCUUGUGGCUUUGUUUGAUCACACUGAUCACACCCUUCAAAGGAGAGUUGUGGAGACAUACAUUCGCAGGGUAUACCAGCCUCGCCUUGUCAAGGAAUCUGUACGAAUGCAAUGGAACAGAGCUGGUCUCAUUGCAUCUUGGGAGUUCUCUGGAGAGCAUGAUUAUCCAGUUGCAGACAAAUAUAGUGAGAAACGAUCAUGGGGGGCGAUGGUUAUCAUUAAGUCUCUUCAAUUUCUGCCAUCUGCCAUUGAUGCUGUGCUGAAAGAAACCAAGCAUUCCUUGAACUCUGAUUCUCCCGAUGAAAUUACAUCAAAUGGGCAACUAGAGCAAGCCAGCACAGGCAACAAUAUGUUGCAUAUCGCAUUGGUUGGCAUCAAUAACCAAAUGAGUUCGCUUCAGGAUAGUGGUGAUGAGGAUCAAGCUCAAGAAAGGAUAAACAAGUUAUUCAAGAUUUUGAAGGAGGAUACCAUAACUGCCACCCUUCAUGAUGUUGGCUUCAAGGUUAUCAGCUGUAUUAUCCAGAGGGAUGAAGGGCGAGCACCGAUUCGCCAUUCUUUCCUUUGGUCUGCUGAAGAAAAUUAUUACAAGGAGGUUCCUCUGCUUCGCCACUUGGAACCUUCUCUAUCAAUAUCCCUUGAACUGGUGAAACUCAAAGACUACAAGAACAUACAGUACACGCCAUCUCGAGACCGCCAAUGGCACUUGUAUACUGUUGCAGACAGCAAAGCACCUAUCCAGAGAAUGUUUCUUCGGUCACUUGUUAGGCAGUCCAACUUAUCAUUUGGGUCUUCACUAGGCCAAGCUCUCAACACUGAAAUUAUUCAGGCUCAACCUUCUUUGUCCUUCACAUCCAUUAGUAUAUUGAGUUCUAUAAUGGCAGCUCUAGAAGAAUUGGAAUUGCAUUCACAUAGUGCAGCCAUUAGAUCAGAUCAUUCCCACAUGUACCUUUGCAUCUCAAGAGAACAACAACUUUCAGAUCUUGUCCCAUACUCUAGGACUGUGGAUAUUACUCCUGGAGAAGAGGAAAAGAUUGUCUGCAUGGUCUUGGAAGAUUUAGCAUUUAAAGUUCAUGAAUUGGUUGGUGUGCGGAUGCACCGGUUGGCUGUGUGUGAGUGGGAAGUGAAACUUUGGUUGGACUCUGUUGGACCGGCCAGUGGCGCUUGGAGAAUUGUUGUGACCAACGCUACGGGACAUACUUGCACUGUGCAUAUAUACCGUGAAGUGGAUGAUGAGAAAACUAAUGAAGUGGUUUACCAUACAGUCUCCUCAGUACCCGGUCCUCUGCACGGUGUCCCAUUGACUGCCGGCUAUCAGCCAUUAGGUGUCAUUGAUCGAAAACGUUUGAUGGCAAGGAAGAACAAUACCACUUACUGCUACGAUUUUCAAUUGGCAUUUGAGAAAGCACUACGACAGUCAUGGGCGACUUAUGUUUCACGUGAUAUCAAUGCCAGGGAUGGCAAAGGUUUAAUUAAAAUCAAAGAACUUGUGUUCGCCGAUGAACAAGGAUCUUGGGGUACUCCUCUUGUUCCCGUAGAGCGUUCCCCGGGUCAGAACAAUGUGGGCAUGAUAGCUUGGUGCAUAGAGAUGCACACUCCUGAGUUCCCUGAUGGAAGACAAAUCCUAGUGGUGGCCAAUGAUGUGACCUUCAGAGCUGGGUCGUUCGGUCCAAGAGAGGAUGCAUUCUUCUAUGCAGUGUCCAAUCUUGCCUGUGAGAAGAAACUUCCUCUAAUAUACUUAGCAGCGAACUCUGGUGCGAGGAUUGGCGUAGCAGAUGAAGUGAGAGCUUGCUUUAGGAUUGGUUGGUCAGAUGAGUCGAACCCAGAACGCGGCUUUCAGUAUGUCUAUUUGACUCCUGAAGAUUAUUCCCGUAUUGGCUUGUCUGUUAUAGCCCAUGAGCUGAAAUUAGAGAACGGUGAAGUUAGAUGGGUCAUAGAUACUAUAAUAGGAAAAGAAGAUGGGCUUGGAGUGGAGAAUUUGACAGGCAGUGGUGCUAUUGCUGGAUGUUAUGCGAGGGCGUACAAGGAGACCUUCACUCUGACUUAUGUGACAGGCCGUACGGUUGGCAUUGGAGCAUAUCUUGCUCGACUUGGCAUGCGUUGCAUUCAGCGCCUCGACCAACCUAUAAUCCUCACUGGUUACAAUGCAUUGAACAAGCUUCUUGGGAGGGAAGUUUAUAGCUCCCAGAUGCAGCUGGGUGGCCCGAAGAUUAUGGCAACAAAUGGUGUUGUUCAUCUGACUGUAUCCGAUGAUCUUGAAGGUGUUUCAUCGAUCCUCAAGUGGCUUGGCUUUGUUCCUGCAUGUGUUGGCGGGCGACUUCCUAUAUUGAAAUCCUUGGAUCCUCCAGAGAGGCUUGUUUCGUACUUCCCAGAAAACUCGUGUGAUCCCCGUGCAGCGAUUUCCGGUGUUCUGGAUAGCAAUGGCAAUUGGCUCGGAGGUAUCUUUGAUAAAGAUACUUUUGUGGAGACAUUGGAAGGAUGGGCGAAAACAGUGGUGACAGGAAGGGCGAAGCUUGGAGGGAUUCCGGUAGGUAUUGUUGCCGUGGAAACACAGACUGUGAUGCAAGUCAUUCCUGCAGAUCCUGGACAGUUAGAUUCACAUGAGCGCAUUGUGCCACAAGCCGGACAAGUCUGGUUCCCAGACUCUGCCACCAAAACAUCUCAAGCUUUGUUAGACUUCAACCGAGAAGAACUUCCACUCUUCAUUCUUGCCAACUGGAGAGGUUUCUCUGGAGGGCAAAGAGACCUGUUUGAAGGGAUCCUCCAGGCGGGGUCUAUGAUUGUCGAGAACUUACGAACAUACCAACAACCAGUGUUCAUCUACAUCCCAAAGAAUGGUGAGCUUCGGGGCGGUGCAUGGGUGGUGGUGGAUAGCAAGAUCAAUCCUGACCACGUUGAGAUGUAUGCUGAGAGAACAGCGAAAGGAAAUGUCCUUGAACCGGAAGCCAUGAUCGAAGUCAAAUUCAAGUUAAAGGAGCUCCUUGACUGCAUGGGCAGACUUGAUCACGUGAUCAUCGGUCUUAAAGCAAUGCUUAGAGAAGCACGGGCAAACAAUGCACAAGGAGAUGUGGAGUCCAUCCAGAAGAGCAUAAAAGCUCGAGAAAAACAGUUACUACCGCUUUACACUCAGAUCGCCACACGGUUUGCUGAGUUGCAUGAUACUUCGUUGAGAAUGGCUAGCAAACAGGUGAUCAAGCAAGUCGUAGACUGGAAAGACUCUCGGUCUUUCUUCUACAAAAGGUUAAACAGGAGAGUGGCAGAGGCGUCACUUGUGAAGACUGUCAGAGAAGCCGCUGGAGAACAGUUGUCACUGAGCUCCGCAAUGAGUUUGAUCAAGAAAUGGUUCCUGGAUUCUGAACCAGUUGACAAUGCCGACGCCAAAUGGCAGGAUGAUGAAGCUUUCUUUGCUUGGAGAGGUGAUACUACAAACUAUGAAAACCAUCUUAAAGAGUUGAGAACUCAGAAGGUACUCCAACAACUAUUGAGCCUCGGAGAAUCUACUUCCGACUUGAAAGCUCUGCCUAAAGGCCUGGCUGCACUCAUCGGCAAGAUUGAUCCAUCACACCGAGCAGAAUUAAUUGAAGAACUCAGGCAAGUACUUGGUUGAAACUUUUUACAAGGACCACAUUGGUACUGGAACUGUAUGUUGUGCAAUAAGAUAAAGUAUUCGGAAAUAACACUGGCACUGCACCAAGUUUCGGAUUUCCAAUAAUGCAGUUCUAUUUAUGUAAUUUCGCUGAUGCAAAAGUGUAUAUACUGGUGAAUGCCCAGUGUUAGAUUGAGCUGUAAAUUUAUUUACUGAAUAUUUAUUUAUUUGCCAGGAGAUUCUAAAUUUGAAGAAUAAUAUUGCUUAUUAAUUUUUACAAGUUGAACGUGUACAAGUA